AUGUUUUUGUCAUUCCGUCCAUCCACGCUGCUCUCAUGUGCUGUCAAAAAUCUCGUCAAUCAUAACUGGAUAAUGCCAAAGCGCUCUCUGAGCGUGCCACCAGUGAAGAAAAAACUUAAAUCCCAUCACCAUCAAGUCAAUCAAAGGAUGGUUGUUCCCAAGUGUGAGUCUCCACUUUCUGCUGAUGGUUCUAACCUAACUGGUGAGAACAUGACUGUAUCGUCCACCUCGAGCGAUGUUAAAAUUGAGGAAGCGACUGCCAACAUCAAGGUGGAGUACUUGGAUACCCCGAUCAAGUCUGACAAUGACAAGAAGGAGUACAGGGUCAUUAAACUGCCGAACGGACUCACUGCCCUUUUGAUAGCUGAUUUAUACACUGCUAAUGGUGCCUGCAGUGAUGGGAAAGAAACCUCUGAGAACGAUGCAGCAUCCUCAUCAACCGACUCCGACUCGGACUGCUCCUCCGACGAGGACGCCUCCGACGUCUCCGACACCCCCGAAGAAAUGGACAACUCAGACGACGAGGAUGCCUCCCUAAGGCCCCCGAAAAAAGACGAGAAGAUGGCAGCAUGUGGUCUCUGCGUGGGUGUGGGAUCCUUCAGCGACCCCCCCGAGAUCCAGGGUCUCGCGCACUUCCUGGAGCACAUGGUGUUCAUGGGCUCGAAGAAGUACCCCCUCGAGAACGAUUUCGACGCCUUCAUAACAAAACGCGGUGGCUCCGACAACGCCUCCACCGAGUGCGAGCAAACGACCUUCUACUUCGAGAUCGACGAGAAGCACCUGCUGAGUGCCCUAGACCGUUUCGCCCAAUUCUUCAUCAACCCCUUGAUGCUGCGGGACGCCAUAGCCCGUGAGCGAGAGGCUGUGGAGAGCGAAUUCCAGAUGGCACUGCCCUCUGACUUCUACCGGAAGGAGCAGCUCUUCUGCAGCUUCGCCGAGGCCCAGCACCCAGCCACUAAAUUCCCCUGGGGUAACCUCGUGUCCCUGCGAGACAUGGUGACCGACGACAAGCUGUACCAAGAGCUCCACAAUUUCCGAGAGCGUCACUACAGCGCCCACAGGAUGACAGUCACCAUCCAAGCGAGAUUGCCCCUGGACACAUUGGAGAACUACGUCAAACAAUGCUUCGCCAAGGUGCCCUGCAACAACCUCCCCCCAGACGACUUCACGAGGUUCAACGGAGCCAAAUCCUUCGACACCGACCACUUUCGAAGGAUCUACAAGAUAAAGCCGAUCAAGGACAUCUGCCAGAUAGAGCUCACCUGGGCGAUGCCCUCUCUGCACCAUUUGUACAGAGCAAAGCCCCACCAGUACGUCUCCUGGGUGAUCGGCCACGAGGGCAAGGGCUCCCUCAUCAGCUACUUGAGGAAGAAGAUGUGGUGCCUCGACGUCUUCUCUGGCAACGGCGAGAGUGGCUUUGAGCACAGCUCCAUGUACGCCCUCUUCAGCUUGUCUCUAGUCCUCACUGACGAGGGCCACUCCCAUCUGAAGGAAGUCCUCGACGCCAUCUUCUCGUACAUCACCAUGAUGCGAAAACUAGGACCGCAAAAAAGGAUAUUCGACGAGAUCAGAAUGAUCGAGGACACCAACUUCAGGUAA